GUUUUGUAAUAUAUCAAUGAGCCUUGAGCUUCUCGUGCACGAGCAGUGAGAUUUGGGUGCAGCUAGACUUCAAGAGCAUUUUAUUGGAGAACCUGUCCCGACAGCAGCAUGUCCUCCUCGGUUCCCAAAGUGAGGCUGGCCGGAGGUCUGGAGGUCUGCCGGGUCCUGAACGGGAUGUGGCAGGUGUCCGGCGCUCACGGAACCGUGAACAAAACCAAAGCAGUCGAGGCCAUGCAGGCCUAUGUGGACGCUGGACUCACCACAUUUGACAUGGCAGACAUUUAUGGACCGGCUGAAGAGAUAUAUGGACUGUUUAAUAACCAGCUGAAAUCCUCAGGAAGUGCAGCUCCAGCUCUGCAGGGUCUGACGAAAUUUGUUCCCCGACCAGGACCGAUGGACCGCAGGGUGGUGGAGAAGGCGCUGCAGCGCUCCAUGAGCCGGAUGCAGGUGGAGGCCCUGGACUGUGUUCAGUUCCACUGGUGGGACUACAAAGACAAGCGAUACCUGGAUGCUCUUGGACACCUGUCUGACCUGCAGAAGGAGGGAGUCAUACGAGAGCUUGCCCUCACUAACUUUGACACACAGAGACUGGAGGAGAUCACUCAGAAAGGCAUCUGCAUCUCCAGCAAUCAGGUGCAGUACUCUCUGAUCGACCAGCGACCUGCAGCCAGGAUGGAGCAGUUCUGCGUGGCCAACAACAUAAAGCUCCUCACGUAUGGAACGCUGGCCGGCGGCCUGCUCUCUGAGCGUUACUCGGGGAAGGUGGAGCCCAGCUCGCGGGCGGAGCUCAACACCGCUUCCCUCUCCAAGUACAAGAACAUGAUUGACUCCUGGGGUGGAUGGACUCUCUUCCAGGACCUCCUCGUCGCCUUGGAGACAGUGGGGAAGAGGCAUGGCUGCUCAGUGGCCAGCGUGGCCACACGCUACGUGUUGGACCGCCCGGCCGUAGGCGGCGUCAUCGUCGGGUGUCGGUUUGGCGUUGCCGGGGCGGGGCAGCACAUCGGUGACAGCCUGCGCAGCUGCAGCCCUGAGCUGCAGCUGACAGCAGAGGAUCACGCAGCCAUAGAGGGCGUGACGCGGCGCUCCACCGACCUGAUGGCGCUCAUAGGAGACUGUGGGGAUGAGUACAGGAGAUGAGGGGGGGAGGGGCGGGAUGACAGACAGGAUCUGGCAGGUCAGUGAGGAAGAGGAGCAGAAAAUAAUGAUAAAAAAAACUUCUCAGGGAAUAAAAUUGAUGAAUUUGUUUAAAACUUAAACUAUUUACUUGCUUUAAAAUAUUGAAAUUUCACCAUAAUAUUUAGUUUUUUUCCUUCAAGACUAUGUCAUAUAUGUAUAUCAUCGCAGGUAAAUGUCGCCUUGGAGACAGUGGGGAAGAGGCAUGGCUGCUCAGUGGCCAGUGUGGCCAAUCAAAGAUUUUUUUAGAUUCUAAUUGUGUUUCACAAAAUGUACAAUCUGGUUUUAGAAAAAAACAUAGAACUGUUAAUUCCACUUUAAAGGUUUUCAAUAAUCUUAUACAGGCUCUUGUGUUGCUUUGUUUGUUGAUUUAUCAAAGGCAUUUGACACCGUAAGUCACACGCUUUUAAUUGAAAUUCCAAUUUUGCAAUUUUCCUGGAUUUUGCUCUCACAUCAAGCUAGCAUGUGGGUAGCUGUCUAUUUGUCCAACAGAACCCAGAGAGUUCAAUUGGCUGGCUUUACUUCUUCUAUUCUCACUAUUUUAAAUGGCGUACCUCAAGGCUCAGUUCUUGGUCCACUUUUAUUCUCUAUUUAUAUAAUAGAGACAAUUUGUCAAAAGCCUUUUAUAAUUUUUAUGCAGAUGAUUUAAUAAUGUACUGCUAUUCUUCAUUUCUGUCUCAGGCAAUGCAGCAUAUACAUUCUGCUUUUUAUGUAGUUCAAACACACUUACAAACUCUGAAGUUGGUUUUGUAAGUGGAUAAGACAAAGGCAAUGGUUUUCUCACUCUAGAAAACUACCAGAAAUCCCUCUAUUGCUUAUCACUGCUGUAGGUACACAAAUUGAGUUUGUCAGUCAUUAUAAAUAUCUCAAUUUUAUUCUAGAUGAUGAACUUUCUUUUAAAAAUCACAUAGCAAAUUUAUUACGAACAUUGAAAAUGAAGAUUGGAUUUUAUUAUCGAAAUGGAUCUUGUUUCUUUCUCAAAGCGAGAAGUGAAUUAAUAGCAGUGACAUUCCUGCCACUCUUGGAUUAUGGAGAUGUUUUAUAUAUGAAUGCCUCAACCAAAUGUCUUCAAUUAUUGAUCACUGUAAUCAUUGUGCUUUAAGAUUUAUAACUGGUAGUAGACAUUUUACUCCUCAUUGUGAUUUGUGUGCAAAAGCUGAAUGGCCUCCUUUAAGUGUACCGAGAAACAAUCAUUUGAUGAUGUUGAUAUAUAAAUCUCUUCUCGGCCUAACCCCAGCAUAUUUAUGCACUCUCUUACAUAGAUCUGUUAGUUUUCAUUCUUUGCGCUCUAACAACAUUAUUCUUCUGCAUUUCCCACGUGUUCAAACUGAAAAAGGGAAGCAAGCAGUGUGUUGACUGCGACAGCGUGGAAUCAACUUCAGUCGGAACUAACUGCUUUUAACUUGUUUUUAUUGUUUUAUACUUGUGAAUAUGCAUUACUUGGUUUUAUUUUGUAAACAGGUUACUGUGUAUUGCAGACUUCUGCUCAGAUCCCUCUUGAAAAUGAGAUCCAGGUAAAACGGGGUUUACCUAGUUAAAUAAAGGAAAUAUAUCUAUGCACA